GCAGGAAGAAGACACAGCGUCAAAACAUGAAUUGCUCUGUGUGAAUCAUAUCAACAAAUAAAUAAACGGUUGUGGGGAAAUCACAUUUUUACGUUGUUGAAACCACACUUUUCUGGUUCAGGAGGUGGGCCAAACCCAUUACACUUCAAUGGGGGGGAGGCAGCAGUUGACCACUUCCACACGGAGUGUGAGGAGAACAUGUUUUCACUCGAUCAUGUUGGACUUCAUGUAGUGUGAAGGUUAGUAGUCUUUGCCUGUGCAGUCCACUGCAAUGAGACACAUGAUCAAUGAUGGGGACCACAUGGAUGAAACCUGGACCUGGCAGCCCAAAUUUGACUGUCACUCACAGCUGUUGGUAUACAGUACAUGUCCGUAGCGUCUUAACACACACAGAUGCAGUCUCAGAGAAGCCAUUUUUAUGGGUGACCAGACAUACAGUAUGUAACAAAGCAUCAAUACAGUAAUCCCUCGUUUAUCACCGUUAAGCGGUUCUAGACCUGACUGGUUUUCGAGAAAUAGGACCACUUAUUUAGACAUUUUUGUAGUUAGCACUUGGAAAAUCUGUUUAUGACUUGUGCUCAUGUGUGUUGCUGUGAAUGUGUUCUGGUUCAGUGUUCAGGGGAGUUGAGUGACAGACGGCCAGGAUGUAACGGCAGAGGUUAUGCUUGAAAAUGCUUAAUGUAGGCAAAAUAUAUGUAAAAUUUGCUAUACACAUAUCAAUUUUUUUACUAAUAAUAGGUUGCAUUCAACCAUGAAACAGCAUGGUUGGCAUUGAUAUAUUUUCAUUCAAACAGCAUAAUGUGCAAUUUGAAUGUGCAAUUGAGUCAAACAAGUUAUAUUUGUGGGUUGAUUUUGUGCUUGCCUUGUUUUCUAGAAAUCUCCAUGUUCUCCGGUUAUGUCCUCAGCAAAACCACCACUGCAUCCAAACCCGCAACACUUGGAAAGAAGCUGCUUUCUUUUCAUUCUUACUAUUAUUUUCCUUGAGGGCGGUCAAGAGAUGGGCUGUCUGUUUUAAAAAUUUCAUGCUCUCCUUAUCGGCUUCUCUUUCCAGCCGUGGUACUUGAGGCUGGCCGGACGCCAGUAAGAGUGUGGAGUGGGGGAGCAGAGAAGAGGAAGAAGAAGGAGAAGAAGGGCAGAAACACAGAGAGACUGAGGGAGGGCCUUCUUUCAUUCAACAGACAAAAACGUGCACGGCUCCAUUCACUUUCUGUCAAUCCUGCAGUGGAGACAGUAAUGAACAGGGAUCACUCUUAAUAAGGAGCAUUAAAGCGGAUUCACAUAAGACUUUGGAACACUUACAGGUACAAUUGGAAGUUGGAGCACGAUGGCUUACAAAGCAGCGUCCAUGCCUUAUGUCUUUAGAUGCCUGUGCUUCAUGCUUCUUCAUUGGCUUAAUGCAGCACAAGAUGAAGACCUAAGAAGUUGUAGGACCGCACCAGGCGAUUUAGUAUUUAUUGUAGAUGGUUCUUGGAGUGUCGAAGAUGUUAACUUUGAAAUAGUAAAGCGGUGGCUUGUCAACAUAACCACAAAUUUCAAAAUUGGACACAAGUUUACCCAAGUAGGUGUUGUCCAGUACACAGAUGAUCCUGUUUUAGAAAUACCUCUGGGGAAGUAUUCCACCACCGAAGAUCUCAUCGGAGCAAUGGAAUCCAUCGAGUACAUGGGAGGAAACACCAGGACGGGCACGGCCAUUGAGUUUGCCACAGACAAAUUGUUUGGCCUUUCCGAACGCAGUCCGAUGGGCGUAUCUCGAAUUGCUGUUGUCCUCACUGACGGGAAGUCUCAAGAUGAAGUUCAGAAGGCGGCGGAGGCCGCAAGGAGGAAAGGAGUCAUUUUGUUUGCUAUUGGUGUGGGGUCCGAGACAGAGGAGGCACAGUUGAGAGACAUUGCCAACAAGCCUUUUUCAACAUAUGUCUUCUCCGUGGAGGACUACAAAGGUAUUUCCAGGAUCAUACAGAUCAUACGACAGAAACUGUGUGAAGAGACUGUUUGUCCUGCAAGAAUACCGAUUGAUUCCAGAGAUGAGAAAGGAUUUGAUAUUCUACUCCAUUUAAAUUUGGCCAAAAAAGCCAAGAAGACAAAAGGAACAUACCAUGGCACUAAAGCUUACGAGGUGACACCUCGUAUAGACUUGAGUGAAGCCACAAGGACACUUUUCCCUGAUGGUCUCCCGCCGUCCUAUGUAUUCGUGGCCACCCUGAGAUACAAGGGAUCGGUGGCGUUGGAGGAGUGGGACCUGUGGAGGAUCCAGACCCGUGAUGGGAGACCUCAAAUGGCAGUCACUCUGAAUGGACGUGAUGGCACUGUCAAGUUCACCACAACCAGUGAAUCAUUAAGUGGAACACAAGAUGUUACGUUUUCCCAAAACACAGCCAUGAAACUUUUUGAUGAGAAAUGGCAUCAACUGCGACUGCUGGUCACUGAGGAAGAUGUCACUCUGUAUGUCGACGAUCUGGAAAUAGAAUCUCUGUCCUUGGAGCCUCCUGUUGGCAUUUUCAUCAAUGGAAAAACUCAAGUUGGAAAGUAUGUCCGGAAAGAAACAACUGUACCGUUUGAAAUCCAGAAGUUGCGCAUCUACUGUGACCCUGAGCAGAAUAACCGUGAGACUGCAUGUGAAAUACCGGGAGUGUGUUCCAACAGUCCUGAUUAUGCUGAGCCUACUGAAGAACCUUGUGUUUGUCCUCCGGGACCUCCAGGACUUCCAGGAAUGAAGGGGGAACAGGGAAAUGGAGGCAAAUCAGGUCAGCCUGGACGUGUUGGUGCUGAUGGUAAGCCUGGCGUGCCUGGUAAUAGAGGAAGUCCAGGGUUUCCAGGUCCACCUGGAUUAAAGGGCCAACGUGGGGCAGAUGGCUUGAAAGGGGAUCAGGGGAGACCCGGUGUUUCGGGUGAAAGGGGUGUUCCGGGAUUACCAGGACCACCUGGGCAACCAGGAGAGAAGGGUCCAGUUGGAUUACCAGGACGAGCAGGGAUGCCAGGUGAAGCUGGCCAAAUGGGAGCGAAAGGGAGUAUGGGACCUCCCGGGCCUUCGGGUUAUCGAGGAGCAACUGGCCAGGCUGGCAGAGAUGGAAAGGACGGACCUCCCGGGCCCCUUGGUCAAAAGGGAGAAACUGGGGUCAGCGGUAUCCCCGGUGCUGAUGGAAGGGCAGGCCAUCCAGGUAUGCCCGGUUUACCUGGGAUAGCAGGUCUCAUGGGACAGAAAGGCGAGGCUGGAUUUCCUGGAUCAAGAGGCCCCCAGGGAUCAGAAGGCCCACCUGGGGAGAUGGGUCCAACUGGUCUGCCUGGUUUAAAUGGACCAGUCGGCCCAAAGGGCAGUAAAGGUGAAAGUGGAAGUCCGGGCAAACAAGGAACAGCCGGUUCUAUGGGCAGACCAGGGGAGCCGGGACAAGCGGGGCAGCCAGGACACCAAGGGCAGCCUGGCAUAAUGGGAAGCAAGGGGGACCGGGGACACACGGGUGAAAGAGGAGAGACGGGAAUAAAAGGUGAAAAAGGAGAUGACGGCAGACCAGGCAACCACGGGUUACCAGGUUUGCAGGGCCUUAAGGGGGAGAAAGGGACAACAGGGGAUCCAGGCGAAAGAGGUCAAGAAGGGCAAAUGGGGCGGCCUGGACAGCCGGGUCAGACAGGCCACCCGGGACUUCGAGGGCCUCGGGGAGAUGCAGGGCCUCCUGGCCAAGCUGGACCUGCAGGAAGAUCUGCCAGCUCAGUUUCUGACUUGCACAUUCGUCAAGUCUGCAGAGAGAUUCUCCAGUCUGAACUGCCCUCCAUGCUGUUGAGCCACCAAUCGAGCAGCUGUGCCGCCUGCCACGCCCAUCCUGGAUUACCUGGAGUUCCGGGUGAUUCAGGACCUCCAGGCAUCAGGGGACUUCCUGGCAUGGCGGGGUCCAGGGGACAGCCAGGCUACCCAGGUCGUCCAGGGCGACCUGGCAUUAACGGGCUUAAAGGUGAACCUGGUCUGAAGGGUGAAAGUGGAAGCCCAGGACGAACCACACACGGUGAUCAAGGACCACCUGGACCUCCAGGUCCUGCCGGUCCUCAUGGCUAUGGCAAAGCGGGUAGUCCGGGGAAGCCCGGGCUGCCUGGUCAAAACGGGGUGGAGGGUAAAAGUGGUAAUCCCGGUAUUCCUGGACAGCCUGGGGUGUGUGAUCCAUCCUUAUGUUACGGUAGCAUGAUGAGGCGGGUCCAAUACAGUAAAGGACCAAACUAUUAACACCAGUGUGGAGAUGGUGUGAAACAAGCCGAGCCAUUCUCAGGAACAUCUCAACUUUGACCAUAACUAAUGGACCUCUCCAUCACACUUUGUUGAUUUGUAACUAUUAAGAAGAUCUGAUCAUGUUCAUGAUAAACAUGUUAGGUGUUUAGUGGCUGAUCUCAUAUUGCCCCCUAGUGACAGAUUUCUGUAUGAUGGGCCCGGGGUUGAAGAUCAGUGGUCCUCAAACUGUCUGUAGCCAACUGUUUUUAAAUUAUACCCUAAGUGUAUUCAGAAAGUCACACCGUCAUCGUUUAAAGUUAGAAACCCUUUGAGAAACACUGAUGACCUUCCACGAUUUGUGACAUUUGUUUACAAAACCACUGUAAAGGUUCCUGUUGCUGAUGAACCUGCAUCGUUUGGCUCCGAAAGCAUUCAUUCCGACUAAAGCUUCUUUGGAAUUUUGCCCAUCAUCCACAAUCCACAAUCCUUACACGAGACAUGCACGUCCUUUUUCUGUGUAUUAUAAAGACACACAAACAGAUAAAAAUAGAGCUAAGAAUGCACCCAAUGGGAAACACAUUUCGCCAUUAAAGCCUUCUGAAAAAAAGCUCCAAAAAGUGCCAACAGCGUCCCAUUUGCAUAUCAUGUGACGUGCAUAUACAAAUUAUAAAUGGCCUUAUGCAUUUACGUAUAUAAAACCUAGUUGGCGGUUUUUGGGGGUGUUUUAAUAGCAGUCUUUAUAAGUGUGUCCCUUUAUGUGUAUCUGCUCUUUUGACCUCUUUUUAUAUCUUUAUAACACACCCAAAAGAGGAAGACGUGUAUUCAUGUCUCACAUAUGGAUUGUGGAUGAAUUUUUAAAAAAAUUAUUUUUCCAUGAACUUUUCUAUGCAAUCACCAUGGUUGGCGAUUACCAAUGUUCUACUUAAAGGAUGAAUUAUUAUUAGGGUCAAUCAUAUUAUUAUUAUGAAAUUAUGUCUUCUUAUACCCCUCAAGCCCUUCAUUA